UCGAGACACCACCCGCUGGACCUGACUCAGGCUGCAAAGCUGCCCACCCCUGGGGCAGCCUGGGCGGCCUGCGGGCCUGAGGGGACCAGCGACCAGCACAGGAACUUCGGUCUGAGGCCUCUCUUCUCCACUCAAGGUGCCCUCAGCCCAGGAGCACUGGUCCAAGAGGAAGGCUGCAGCCUGAGGCGGCCGCCCUCCCCGCCGAGGACCAUCACCCUCAGCCUGGGCUAUGCAGCCAGUGCUGACGCCUGUUUCUAGGUCCCCAGGACAGCGCGGGGAGGGGCAUGGUUCUCUAGGACACAAGAAAGAGCCCUGGCAUCUAAACCGAGUUCCAGGUCCCCAGGGCCCUGCUUUUUCCACAUCGAUACACUAAGUAGGAACUCAGUUUUCCUUGCUAGGGGAUUCUGUGAUUUAUGGCGGCUGUAAAAACUUCCAACUCUGAUGGACAUUUCAGUGUGGAGAGACUCAAGGAAUGGCCAGAGCCGGAGUCUGUGUCUUUAAUGGAGAUGUUAGCUAGAGAAGACAUCGAUGAGGCUGUGUAUGCAAUAUUAUUCAGAGAAAACUACAUUGUGAAGAGACUGGAUACUUAUUUCCAGCAUGAGGCUGAUUUCAAGGAAAGAAGAAGAGAGAUGUUACAUAAACGAUGGGUUGAAAAUGUAGCAAAGCCUCUUCAACAGCGAGUUAUAGAGAAAGUCAUUUCAUAUAGAAGACCUGGAAAAAGUGAAGUGAAAUUUGAAUACUGUGCAAAGCACACAGAUAAACCGACCAAAGCCUCUCCACCGUGUGAGUGUCUGUUUCGAAAACAGCAAGAGCUCCGAGAAAUAAAGGGAACCCGCUACCAACAGAGCACAGGGAAACAGAAUGACAUACAGACAGAACACACUAAAGAAACCAGGAAGGCGCCCCACUUUGGCAGAUCACCCCAGUUCAUGCAUGCUUCCCAUGGCAUCGUUCCCAAAGAGAAGCCGAGAGCCCCUCCCCGGUCUGCUUGGAACAAGCCCAGCACAUACAGUUUUGAAAAGCCUGUCUGUAAAUCAAAGUCAUAUCUGCCUCAGGAAGAGACCCCCGACCUAAGCCAGCUUGCCUUUGAAAGGCAGUUCCGUUCCUCUAAGCUCAGGCCGGAGAACAAAGAGAUUGAGAAGUGUCUGGUUUCAGGGACCCAACCCCCGAGACCCCGCUCCUGGGCGGCCGCAGACAGCCGCCACCGGCAGGUGCCCCCGGCCAUGGGAAGAAGAGUGAUGACCGCGGAGCUCCUGGGCAAGCAUCUGGCCUCCCUGCAGGGGGCAGCCAGGUCAGGCCUGCAGUGGUCCUAGAGCUGCCGGCCCUCCCACUGCACACACACACACACACACACACUGCACCCAGAACGCAGCUUUUCUCUAGGAAGGAAGCGGGUGCACGAACUAUCUGAGUAACAGCAGUCAGUGUUUCAAGCUCCGGCUGUGAACUAGGAAGUGUGUGUGUGUGUGUGUGUGUGUGUGUGUGUGUGUGUGUGUGUGUGUGUGUGCUGUUUCCGUUGUUUCCCUGAGAUACUAGCCGCCGCAAGACAGCUUUGUCAUCUCCGAGUACUUGGUGCUCCCUGGGCUCUGAGCCCAGCCCAGGGCUUCAUUCAAGUUCGGUCCUGCUCACACGCCAGGGUGCUCCUUCCUCACACAUACUCAGGCAGGGCAGUAGCGGGGUCCAGUGAGGAUCCAGGAUCCGGGAUAUGCCCUGCCACUGCAUGCCACCUCCAGGGGGCGCUGGAGGGGGCUUGAUGGGGCCUCCUCACCAAGGGGAGAUGUCUAGCUGUUUGAGGGCUACCGGCAUCCUGGUGGAUGGGGGGGCGUCUCCUCUCACCCUCCAGAAACUUGGGCUCACAUUUCAGUGGGGGGAGACAACUUCACUUCCUCGGGGGCAGUUCUGGGUCACUAGGUAGAAAAGACAACUGGAGUUACUGCUGGCUGUACCCUCUCUAGUCACCGAAGUCACACGCCUCAGAUCCCGAGGGCUCCUGUGUCCCAGAUCUGACCACGGCGUCCCGACUGGAGAGAGACAGGGACAUGAUGGUGGCCACGCUUCAGUGAGCAUUGAGGUCCCCACCGCCCCCGGUAAAGAGUAUGGUUGUUGUGCAGCUUUAAUCUUGCUGGAUUGCCACGGAGUGUCACGCUCCACACACGGGCUGUUACUGGCAACUCUCCCCGACUUCACCGCCACCUUGCUUCAGCACCAGCGAGACAUGCUCCCCAAGCCCAGGGGAGCUGGCAGCCGGCUUGCUCAGCAGGCUGGGCCUGGUCCUUCAAGGCUUCCCGUAGAUAGGCAGGAUGCUGGUCGCUUCAGAUUUAUGUACCAAGUGACAGUACUUCUCUGUUUUAACCAGGGGGGGUGUGGGGGCAGUAUCUGGAGGUAGUAAGGGGCAAUAAGGGGCAAGUCUUUAAAAUUUCACUACACCGUGUUUUCCAAGUGAUUCUUUGUCAACAAAAAUGGGGAGAAGGGAAAGAGCCCUGAGCCCCUCCUGGUUACUCCAGCUGCUUGGAAGAAGAUCUGUCACCUUAGCUGUUCAAGCGAAUCUUUCAAAGGGUGAGCCUCCACUCCGUUAUCUUCACUGGAGGAUUUUGUGUUCAAAAUCAUAGUUAACUAUUUGAAAAUUUUCAUAUUUCAGUGUUCCAAAGCCAAAUAAGCAGUGUGGCUAUGGCUGUGACAGGACAGGGGACAGGAAGUGUCGGGGCUCCUGGAGCUGCAGGGCAGCAGAUCUGCAGAUAGUCCUGACCUCUGCCCUUCACCCUUCCUUGUAGGUCCCCCCCUUCCCCCCAUCGGUUCAAGCAUAGUUCCCACGCAGUUCACCCACCCACAGUAGUCACCAGUGAAGUCAAGCCCCAGAACCCUGACAGACGCUCACAAGGCCCCAGGCAAGCUGGCAGCAGAGUUGAGCAGGUCUCUGGGCCCUGCCCCAUCCCAUCCUUCAGGCAUCAUCAUAAGCAGCUUCUGAAGGAAACCGUUAAAAGCCUUUCACACAGACUCAAGCUUUGAGAGGAGUUACAUUCAUAAACUUAUACUUUUAUUCUCUUUCUGUACAUGUUGGCAAUGAUAAAGCUUAAAGAUGCAUGUUCUAUGAAAUAUGCAAAACAAGGAAUUUACAUAAAUAAUUUAUACUUCAGAAAAUUAAAGUUGAAAAAUAUUCCCACA